CUCGUCUUGUACGCCAAACCGGACGUACCCACACAACAGAUCGACACCGCAGAGGAUUUUAGUUUCAGCAACAAACGCCGCACGACGACAAUCAUGGUGUUCAACAAGAAAUUGGUUUUGCUGAUGGUGUGCAUGUCGGCCGCCAUGGUGUCUUGCCAAGUGCCAGCGAUCGGCGGAUGUCCGGAAUUCGAUUCUCACCCAGACUUCGAUAUGAACAGAUACUUGGGAACGUGGUACGAAGCCGAACACUACGUGAACAUCUUCGAAAUCGGAACUCGUUGCGUGAAAACCAACUACACCAAAGCCGUCGAUGGUAGAUACCUUGUUUCCAACGAAAUCAUGAACAGAUUCACCGGAGUGAAACGCGUAUUGGACGGUGAAAUCAGAUUGAUCGUCAAAGGAGCUGAUUCCAAAAUGAACGUCAAGUACACAACAUUGCCAAUCUCUUACUCCACCGAACAAAUGAUUUUGGAAACCGACUACGAUUCCUUUGCCGUCGUCUGGUCUUGCUCGUCCUAUGGAGUAGCUAACACACAAAACGCCUGGAUCUUGACCCGUGAAAAGUUAGCUCCCGGUACCGUUAUGCAGAAGGCCUACGGAGUAUUGGACAAGUACAAGUUGAGCAAGAGCUACUUCCGCAAGACAGACCAGAACAGCUGUGCCAUCGCCGAAGCUGCACCCAAUGAUACCACCAGCGAGAACAAAUGGAGAAGGAGGAGGAGCUUGAACUAAAUACGCACUACUAUACGUCUGCAGUACAAAGAUCAUAAUAAUUAUAUUUAAUAGUAUUAAGAAUACGAUCAUUAUUUAUUUAUUUAUAUUUAUUCGACAAUAUCAUGAUAUGAUAAAAAAAAAAUAUAUAUAGAUUUUAAGCGA